AUGAAGCUCACGCAUCUUGCGAUCUUAAUUCCUUACUUCGCGCUGUCUGUGCUUGCUGGGAGUAGCGAUUCUGCAUACAUUGUCAGCGGUUCCGGGGAAUUGAACCCUGCUAGCACGCAGGGCAAUUCCGAAGGUAAUGGACAGUCUAGCUCUUUUAACCCGUCCUCAACCGGGAACGAUGACGGGUGGACAAACGCCAAUAAUCCGAGUGAAACGACCUCAGGCCCUGGUUCGACAUCCACUGGCGACUUUAACAACGACAACAACAACGACAAUGAAAACAAUAACGAUAAUAACAAUGAGAACAACAAUGAGAACAACAAUGAGAACAACAACGAGAACAACAACGAGAAUGGCAAUGAGAACAAUAACGAAAACGGCAACGGCAAUGAAAACAACAACAACGAUGAAGACCACGACAUCAUCCCUGGUAUCGGCGACGGCAACGACAACUCAUCUUCAGAGCACGGAUCCCCGACUGACGACUGGUCAAGCUUCUCCGGUGCUCCCAACCACGGGACCUUCAGCGCAGGUGAUGAUGAAAGUAGUUCCACCCAGGGCAACCAUGGUCAUCUCAGCGGAGGUUACGUCACCACAACACUCACGAUUGCCAUUCCCCUCCCGCUCAACACAGAGGACUUCAACCCGACACAGAGCGCCGAAAUCUCCGACCAGAGUGGUGAUAGUCAUAAUGCUGGAUUCCAGAAUGCAAAGGCUCAGGCAUUUGCCGUCGCUGUUGCUGCUGUGGGUGCGCUUGUGGGAGCUAUGGUCAUGUAA